GAAACACAGCGUGCUAUUGCGCAGUGCAUGGCGCGAGUGGACGAAUUGCAGUCCGAGAUGCGACAGGGGAACGAGCAUAAGAUCGAAGUUUGUUCGGGGCAGGUCGUGAGCAAGCCUGCCGCGAUAAGUCCUGAGAAGGCGCUGGAAGAGCCGAAAGAGCCAGUUCCGUUGGGGGAGUCGACGUGGAACGCAUUGUUGGUCAUUGGGUUCACAGGGGCUGGAUGCUUCGACAGCAUGGUCGCGAGUCAUCGGAUUGGCUCCGCCCGGAGAUGGCGAAUGGGGGCCGCGCACGACCACAAACAUCUGGAUCUUGCAGGCACAAGUCUUGUGUCGCGCGUAUGCAACGGAGAUUCUUCCUUGAUCAUGUCCAACCAGCAGGCCACCUUGAUUGGACAGGUGAAUGCAUAUCUUGGCCUGACGGAUUCCCAAUUGACUCCUGAUGGCCUGUCCCCUGGGACUGUCCUUUGCGUUCUCUGCAUGUUUUGGUGGUGCCUCUAUCUUUGCAGAGAGCUUCGCUCAAUCCUUUCAUCCGUCGAGGCUCUGUGGCAUGUGCCACAUGGCCCCACGGAGCUUGUUGACGGCGUCCUCUCAUCCGUGUCAAUGCCACGGCGUUGCUUGUUCUACACCCUUCGGUUCUCAAAGGCUGCAAUCUCUUGCAUGUUGCUGGGGGCUGGCAUUUUAUGGCUUGCAAACACUACAUCUGUCGGGCGCCUUAUGCUGAAUGCUGUGGCCUUGAAAAGCCUCUUAGAGCUGGACACCAUCGUUUACGGAGCUGUCAUGCCCAGGAAAUUCCAGGUCAGCAUCAAGAAGCUCAAGCCCCUGCACAUCCGCAACUCUGUAUUGCGAAGUCAGAUGGAGUCCUUGCUGCUUGUGCUGCUCUUCGCAGUCGCAAUGGUUUUGACAUGGUCCCAGCUGGUUGCCCCGCUUUCUGCCACGAUGCAAGACUUGAAGCGUGAGUACUGUGCUGGCAACCAAGACUUUGUGGUCGGCAUAAAUGACCAUCACGGCGUGGCUGUCGUGCGACCAACUGUGCAGUUUUCUGACGAUCUCCUGUCAGGUCCUGUUGAACAAGAAGUGCGCGAAUAUGCUCUGUCAUCAAGUCAGACCCAGCUGCUUGCAACUUUCAACAACACACGUGACUUCGAGAGGAUGCGUUUGGAGACGUUCGCCACCUCUACGACGCAGUCGCUGAAAUGUGAUGAUUUUGACAACUGGUUCCUCCGGGGCCAAGGAGAUGCUAUUCCUGACAGAUAUGCGCCAUACUGGUGGUCAGCAGCCAUCGGCCUAGGCUUGCCAAGCACCAGCACCUGUGCGGAUAUGGCCGCCCACUGCCACGAUCCCGAUUCACAGCUCCUGCGCAUGGUCUGCAGUGUAACAUGUGGGUGCACUGAUCCUGCAGCCAAUGCGAUGUACAAGGUUCGGGCCCAGGGAUGCUUGCAGCAAUGUCGCAAUGAAGUUCAGUUCUGGACAAGUGAGCUUCCCUGCGAAGAUGUAGAAGCAGACUCACCGGCUUGGCAAACCUUCUGGGAUCUAUAUCCGUCGGCUAUGGAGGCAUUCUAUGGGGCCAGCGAUUCGCAGAGAUCGCAGCUUCAGACAUUGGCCCAAAAUAUGAAGGACUCCGGCUGCAGCCUUCUGGCUCCUGAUCUUGAGGCAAAUGACCCGCUCACUGAGGUUCGUUUCUGCGAUGGACAUCCUCAGCUUUUCGCGCCUUUGAGCCAGCUUUGUCCGGCGACAUGCUGUACUAGCAGCAGUGCGUUUUGCCCAUCCAGCUGCAGCGCGUAG